AUGUCGAGUGGUGAAUUCGGUAUGCCACAGGGAAUUCAUGUACAGCUGCACAGCUAUCUCCUGGUGCAUGGGCGUGAAGGUGAAGAUAUAGUGCGGGGAACCCACAGCGGACAUUCGGAGGUCUCGACUACAGGGGCUGAACACCAUAAUGAACGUCGAGGACUUUGGUCAUUCCUCUGGUCAGCCACUAAGGUUUUCAUCAACCCGAUGUCUUGGACAUCUGGUAUUCAACUCGGCGACCUGGCGUGUCAAGCCCUUGGGUGGUGGACUUCUGCACCGUCGUGGGUGUCGUGGACCUGUAAUUCGUUUGGGAUCAUCUCGACCAUGUUCUCUGUUUGGGAUGGACGUGCCGACCUUGCCACUGCAUGGAACGAUUGGAAGAACGAAGGGUCUUAUCAGGGCAACUUGGAAAGCCUGCAGCUAUUGCCCUUCUACCGUGAAUAUGGUGACGUCGUCAACAAUGUUGGUCGAUCACUACCCGUCCUAGAACGUGGCUAUGAAUCUGGAUACUACGAUUGGUCCGUUCUCCACCCUCACCUGGCAAACAAGACAGUCAGGAACGCAAUCUCUGGGGAUGCAAGCAUCUUGCAUGAUGUCGGUCGGGACUAUGCAAUCAUCACCAUGGCCCACGUGCUCAACAGUACCGAUUCAAACCCUAUCAUGGUGCAGCGCUCCAUGAACGGGACUCUACUGGGUGCACCUGUAUCUAUGUUUUUUGUGAAUGGCACCGGGAGUUCGGCAGGUCUCGGUUCUCUCCAUAACUUUGGUACAACUAAGAAGCCACACAAGCGCGAGGAUGAUGGAAACUGUGAUGGAUUUGGCAAUGACAGUGGUAACAUCUAUACCGACAACACGGUGGUGUGUGGAGGAGAUGGUACAAGCACAGAAGAUGGUAUUACAGGCGUGUACUACGGGAUGGAUUUCUACGGUACAGAGGCUCAAUGGAAGGAGUACGACGCCGACGUCGGAGGUCAAUACCCGGACAGCAACGGUGCUUGGCAUCUCGCCAGUGAGCUUUCUAGCGACACGCAGAAUAGCCAGUGGUGGCGCAGCUGCCUGUGCGAUCAGGAGAGUGGGAAAUAUUCUUGGACUGGGGCACUUCAGUACACCUGGAAUGGGAAAUUCAAUGGUUACAGCGACUGCUAUGCUGGUACUUGCGGAGGAGCCACUUAG